AUGGCCCUUAAACACGCCGACUACACGAUCGCUUGGAUCUGUGCCUUGUCGCUAGAGAUGGCCGCCGCGAAGGUCAUGUUGGAUGAGGUCCACCCUUCCCUUCCCCAGCAAAAAUCCGAUCACAACAGCUACACUCUUGGAAGUAUUAGCGGUCACAAAGUGGUUGUAGCCUGCCUACCCUCUGGGGUUUACGGAACCACAUCUUCCGCGAUCGUGCUUGCCCACAUGCUGCCAACAUUUCCGUGUCUUCGAUUUGCAUUGAUGGUGGGCGUUGGAGGAGGCGUGCCCAGCAAAACCGCUGACAUUCGACUUGGCGAUGUGGUUGUCAGCAUGCCAAAUGCGACUUCUGGAGGUGUCAUCCAAUAUGACUAUGGGAAGACACUUCGUGAAGGACGCUUUCAGCGGACUGGGUCACUUAACAAACCCCCUCAAUUUCUGCUCACUGUGAUAUCCCAAAUGCGCGGCAAUCACAUGACUGGUGAAAGACCUAUGGCAGAAAUUUUAUCCAAUACACUUCAGAAGCACCAAGAGAUAAGAGAACAGUUUUCACGCCCGGAUAGAGACUGGCUCUUCAGCUCAGACUAUAAUCAUGAUAGUAGCGACCCUGAUUGUUCUACAUGUGAUCGAACUCAGUUAGUAUAUCGUGAGCCUCGAGUAACUGAGGAGCCGCACAUUCACUAUGGCUUGAUUGCUUCCGGGAACCAAGUUAUAAAGCAUGCCAAGACACGAGACUUUAUCGCCCAGGAGAUGGGCAUCCUCUGUUUUGAAAUGGAAGCUGCGGGGCUUAUGGAUCAGCUUCCAUGCCUGGUGAUUCGAGGAAUCUGUGACUAUUGCGACUCUCACAAGCACAAAAACUGGCAAGCAUACGCAGCUCUUGUUGCCGCUGCUUAUGCGAGAACUCUUCUUAUGGCGGUUCCUGCGCAUGAAAACACUGGUGAUGCGGUAACAGAACAAAAUUGUGAACAACACCACUGGAUGGUCCCCUUUCAGAAGAACUGGAGAUUCGCGGGCCGUGAAAAAGAAAUUGCCAAAUUGGAAGGAUUAAUCGAACAACUAAAUGGUGCAUCCAGAGUUGCUAUCUCAGGGCUUGGUGGAAUUGGAAAGACCCAAAUCACGCUCGAAUUAGCUUACCGCAUACGAGAGAGAGACUCCAGCUGCUCAAUAUUCUGGAUUCCAUGUACUAGCUACGAGAGUGUUAAACAAGCCUAUAUAAGUAUCGCACAGACAGUUGGAAUUCAAGAAGUGAAGCCGGCAGAGGCGAAAGAGCGUGUCAGGAUUUAUCUCAGCCAAGAAAGUGCUGGAAAGUGGCUUCUGAUUUUUGACAGUGCUGAUGAUAUAGACAUGUGGAUCAACGAUAGUCAAACUACUCCAGCUCUUAAAAAAUUUCUCCCUCAGAGUAAGCAAGGCCAUAUUCUCUUCACCACGCGCAACCGGAUGUUAGCUGUGAAACUAGCAUCUCCUCAUGUGAUAACGGUCUCUGAGCCUGAUAAAGAAACUGGAUUGAAGAUACUUGAAAACUCACUGGUUGACAGUGAUCAGUCUGAUCAAAACAGUGCUUCUGUGAUCCUCCUUGAACAGCUCGCCUAUCUCCCACUAGCAAUCACUCAGGCCACGGCGUAUAUCAAUGAGAACCAAAUUUGCAUAUCAACGUACAUAAAACUUCUGAAGAAACAGGAGUCACACGUUAUAGAGCUACUGAGUGAAGGGUUUGAGGAUGAAGGUCGGUACGAAGCCGUCCAUAAUCCGAUAGCCACAACUUGGUUGAUAUCAUUCCAACAGAUUCAGCGCUUGAAUCGAUUGGCUGCUGAUUAUCUAUCAUUCAUGGCUUGUAUAAACCCACGCGAUAUUCCACAGUCUCUUCUGCCUCAGCCUGUAUCUGAUAAUGAGGGAAUAAAGGCAAUUGGUCUUCUUAAUGCCUAUUCAUUUAUUACCAAGCAUGCUAAGGGCAAUAACUUGAGUCUUCAUCGACUCGUGCAUCUUGCAACUCGGAACUGGUUAAGAAAUAACGGACAGUUUAGUUUGCAAGUACUAAAAGUUGCAGAUCAUCUAAGUGGAGUGUUUCCAAAUGAUAAUCAUAGCAAUCGACAGCUGUGGCGAGAAUAUAUUCCACAUGGCCUUUCUUUGAUAGGAGAGGACAAUUUUCGACGCGAGCAAGGACAAUAUAUUGACCUAGUCCAGAAGAUAGGGAGGUGUCUCUAUCAAGAUGGAAGGUACAAUGAAGCGGAACCGCUAUAUAUGCAGGUGAUGAAGAACCGCAAACAGGUGCUGGGGCUAGAGCAUCCUGACACUCUGACUAGCAUGGCCAACCUCGCAUUAACAUACCAGAACCAAGGACGAUGGAACGAGGCAGAAAAGCUAGGGGUCCAAGUGAUGGUAAACCAGAAACAGGUGCUGGGGCCGGAGCAUCCCUCUACUCUAACUAGCAUGGCCAACCUCGCAUCAACAUACUGGAGUCAAGGAUUGUGGAACGAAGCAGAAAAGCUGGGGGUGCAAGUAAUAGAGAGCCAGAAACAGGUUCUGGGACCAGAGCAUCCUCACACUCUAACUAGUAUGGCCAACCUCGCAUUAACAUACUGGAAUCAAGGACGAUGGAACGAAGCAGAAGAGCUAGGGGUGCAAGUAAUAGUAAUCCAAAAACAGGUGCUGGGGACAAAGCAUCCUGACACUUUAACUAGCAUGGCCAACCUCGCAUCAAUAUACCAGAACCAAGGACGAUGGAAUGAAGCAGAAGAACUAAAAGUGCAGGUAAUGGAGAUCCGGAAACAGGUGCUGGGGCCAGAGCAUCCUCACAAUCUAACUAGCAUGGCCAACCUCGCAUUAACAUACCAGAACCAAGGACGAUGGAACGAAGCAGAAAAGUUGGGGGUGCAAGUAAUGGAGAGCCGGAAGCAGGUACUGGGGCCAGAGCAUCCUCACACUCUGACUAGCAUGGCCAACCUCGCAUCAACAUACUGGAAUCAAGGAAGGAGGAACGAAGCAGAAAAGCUGGGGGUGCAAGUAACAGAGAGCCGGAAGCAGGUACUAGGGCCAGAGCAUCCAGAUACUCUAACUAGUAUGGCCAACCUCGCAUCAACAUACUGGAAUCAAGGAAGGUGGAACGAAGCAGAAAAGCUGGGGGUGCAGGUGAUGGAGAGCCGGAAACAGAUACUAGGACCAGAGCAUCCAGAUACUCUAACUAGCAUGGCCAACCUUGCAUUAAUAUACCAGAACCAAGAACGAUGGAGCGAAGCAGAAGAGCUAGGGAUCCAAGGGAUUAUAACCCAGAAACAGGUGCUUGGGCCAGAGCAUCCCUCUACUCUAACUAGCAUGGCCAACCUCGCAUUAAUAUACUAUAACCAAGGACGAUGGAAAGAAGCAGAAGAGCUGGGGGUGCAGGUAAUCGGGAUCCAGAAACAGGUGCUGGGGCCGCAGCAUCCUGACACUUUGACGAGCAUGACCAAUCUGGCAUUAACAUACCAUAACCAAGGACGAUGGAACGAAGCAGAAGAACUGGGGGUGCAAGUAAUGGAGGCCCGGAAACAAGUGCUGGGGCCGGAACAUCCUGACACUCUGACUAGCAUGGUCAAUCUGGUCUAUACUUGGGAAUCCCAGGGAAAGUUGUAA